AUCUGCCGUUACGGGUCGUUUCCGAGAUGGCGGCGCCGCAGUUCCCGCUGGACCCGAGCUUGGCCGCGCUGAUCAUUGCCCACUACGAGGGCGAGACGCAGCAGGGCAUCUUCCACGGACACGGGCGCGCGACCUUUAUCAACGGCCAAGUGUACGUCGGGAGCUUCCACGGCGGGCGCAUGCACGGCCACGGCGCGCUCACGUGGCCCGACGGCGUCUCGUACGAAGGGGACUUUGCUUUCAACGAGGUCUCGGGCCGCGGCAAGUACGUCUGGCCCGACGAGAGCUGGUACGAGGGCGACGUGAGCCGCGGGCGGCGCCACGGCCUCGGCUUCUUUAUGAGCAGCAACCGCGUCACGUCGUACGAGGGCAGCUGGGUCCAUGGGUACCAGCACGGCUACGGCAAGCUCGUGUACGACGAGCUCCAGGGCAUCGAGUACGAAGGCGACUGGGUCACGGGCCAGCGCCACGGCAAGGGCACGAUGAAGUAUGCCUCUGGCAACGUCUACGAAGGCGACUGGGUCGACGGCAAGAAGGCGGGCAAGGGCACGAUGCACUGGUUCGACGCCGCCGAGACGUACGACGGCGACUGGCUCGACGACGUCCAGCACGGCGCCGGCGUCCACGUCUGGAAAACCAAGGAAAAACGCGGCAAUCGGUACGAAGGCGAGUUUGCCAACGGCGUUCGCGACGGCUACGGUGUCUUUUACUACGCCAACGGCGCGCGCUACGAAGGCCACUGGGAAGACAACGUCAAGCACGGGCUCGGGCUCUUCUUCUUUGAAGACGGCACCAUUUACGAAGGCGAAUUCGUCCGCGACCGCAUGGUCGACAUGAACGACAAUAAGAAUAAGAACGCCGAGACGCUGCCGACGCUCGUCCUGUACAUUGACGACAUCCUCCGCCACGAAGACAAGGCGCGCGCGCUCAAGGCCACCCAGCACGCCGUCCUGCGCGCCAACACCGACUUGCGCAAUGUCUACCGGCACUACGCGUCGUGCGGUGGCACAACGACGUCGCACGCACCAGCUGAAAACAACGUGCUCAUGGAGAUGCGGGAGCUCUGGCGCUUUAGCGCCGAGUGCCGCCUCAACGUGAGCUUGGGCAAGCUCAACCGGUACCUCCUCGUGGUUCGGAACGCGCAAAACAAAGCCGUCAAGAAGCUGCGGAUCCAGCGGGAGAAGAAGCGCCGGCACAUGAACGCGCGGGCCAUGGACGCGAUCGUGACGCCGCGGGAAAAGUGGACCGACAUCCACGACCCAGAUCGCGUCGUGCUCUUCCGCGAGUUCUGCGAGAUCCUUGUGCGCAUCGCGUGGGACGAUGCGCUGGAGCGGGGCGAGGUGGACAUGACGGUCGCUGACGCGUUCACGUACCUCUACGACUCCAAGAUCCACGACCACGCGUCGACGCCGAUGCUGCCGAUGGAGGCGAUUGAGAUCUCGGUGCACAGCCUCGAGAUGCAAACUGUGUUUCAAAAGUACCAGGAGCUGCUCGAGAAGCUCUUUGCGCAGUACAGCGGUCCGGCCGCGACGCCCGAGAGCGACUUGCACAUGACGACGGGCAACUUCGUGCUCAUGCUCAAGGAAAAGCGGGGCCUCGGUGCCCUCGGAGUCCCCGGUGUCCUCAAGUGUCUGCGCAAAACCAACGACGAGGACGGCGAGACCGACUUUGACCCGUUUCUUCUCGACGCCGAGCUCAUCUACCCCGAGUUCCUCGAAGCCAUCGCCAAGGUGGCCAUGGCGUCCGCCACGCGCAACCUCCCGAUGCCGGUGCUCGUAGCCCAGUACAUUCGCGACACGUUCGAGAAGCCACCGCCCGCGAUGACCCUCCGCCGGCUCACGACCAUGGUGCAGUCCAAGAAGUCUCUGGCGCACAUUUAACAGCAUGUACAUCAUCUUCACAAUAAGAAAUUCGAUGCACGCGCAUUGUGUUGAGG